GGGAAAGGGGGCGGGGCCAGAUAUUGGAGCUGUAGGAAGUAAAAGCGUCAAUGUCAAGUCUGCAGUUUGAGCCGCUGCAUCUUUGAGCAGUAAACAACAACAACAGCAUCAGACCGGAGGAAACAUGAGCGCUCUCUCUGGAAAGAGUGUGCUGUCUUUGUGCAGACGGACCUCCAGCUCCAUCCGUGUGCUGACCAACAACACUCCUUCAGUUUUUCCUUCAGCUCAUGGACUCGCCGGGUCAUUGUUAGUUACACAGAGAGUGUGCCACUCAGCCACAAGCUCCAACCCUGGCAGCAUCAAGACCAAAAAACGGGGUUAUGACAUUACAAGAAACCCCCACCUUAAUAAGGGCAUGGCGUUUACUCUGGAGGAGAGGCAGCAGAUGGGCAUCCAUGGCCUUCUGCCUCCAUGCUUUCUCUCCCAAGAUGUUCAGGUGCUUCGUGUCAUGAAGAGCUACGAGACACGUACCAACCCACUUGACAAAUACAUUUUGCUGAUGACCCUGCAGGACAGGAAUGAAAAGCUCUUUUAUCGUUUGUUGACCUCUGACAUUGAAGAAUUUAUGCCUAUAGUUUACACUCCCACUGUGGGACUGGCCUGCCAGCAGUAUGGCCUGGCAUUCAGAAGACCACGAGGACUUUUUAUUACCAUACAUGACAAAGGCCACAUAGCCACCAUGCUAAACUCAUGGCCAGAAGACGACAUCAAGGCCAUUGUGGUAACUGAUGGUGAACGGAUCCUGGGGCUUGGAGACCUGGGUAGCUAUGGAAUGGGUAUUCCAGUGGGGAAACUGGCUCUGUAUACAGCUUGUGGAGGAGUGCCCCCUCAGCAGUGCCUACCUGUACUGCUGGAUGUGGGUACUGACAACCAGACUCUUUUGAAUGAUCCCCUGUACAUUGGACUGAAGCACAAACGAGUGAGAGGAAAAGAAUAUGAUGACCUUAUUGAAGAGUUCAUGCAGGCUGUCACAGACAAGUAUGGGAUGAACUGCCUGAUUCAGUUUGAAGAUUUUGCCAAUAGCAAUGCCUUCCGCAUUCUUAACAAGUACCGUCACCGUUACUGCACCUUCAAUGAUGACAUCCAAGGAACAGCAUCAGUGGCUGUUGCUGGCAUUCUUGCUGCUUUGAAGAUCACUAAAAACAAACUGUCUGAUCACACUUUCGUGUUUCAAGGAGCAGGAGAGGCUGCUAUGGGGAUUGCUCAUCUGCUCACCAUGGCCAUGGCUAAAGAAGGAGUGUCCCAUGCUGAUGCUGUUAAGAAGAUCUGGAUGGUAGACUCUAAAGGACUGAUUGUUAAGGGUAGAAGUCAUCUGAAUCAUGAAAAGGAGGAGUUUGCCAAUGAGCAUCCUCACAUAAAGACCUUGGAGGAGGUGGUGAAGACCAUUAAGCCUACAGCCAUUAUUGGUGUUGCUGCCAUUGGUGGAGCUUUCACAGAGACUAUUAUAAAGGACAUGGCAUCCUUUAACGAGAGGCCCAUCAUAUUUGCACUCAGCAAUCCCACCAGUAAAGCAGAGUGCACUGCAGAGCAGUGUUACACACUCACAGAGGGCCGUGGAAUCUUUGCCAGCGGUAGCCCUUUCCAGAAGGUGACGCUUGCAGAUGGGCGCACAUUUUACCCAGGCCAGGGGAACAAUGCGUACGUGUUCCCUGGUGUUGCACUUGGUGUCAUGGCCUGCGGUGUGCGUCAUAUAUCCGAUGACAUUUUCCUCACCACAGCCGAGGCAAUAGCUGGCAUGGUUUCAGAGGAAAAUCUGGCUGAAGGCAGAUUAUAUCCCCCUCUCAGCACCAUCAGAGAAGUGUCCUUCAAGAUUGCUGUUAAGAUUGUGGAUUAUGCUUAUAAACAUGAUAUUGCUUCAUGGUAUCCUGAGCCCAAGGAUAAAGAAGCCUUUGUGUUGUCACAUGUCUACAACUCUGACUAUGACUCCUUUACACUGGACUCCUACACAUGGCCAAAGGAAGCCAUGACAGUUCAGGAUGUGUAGUUUCUCUGGCUCUUAGCUAUUCCCUCAUACCUCUCAAAGGGAGUGAAGUUCCAGCACCAGGCCUCAGCUUUUAUAUUCUUAAGAUAUAUAUUUUCUUUCUCUAUAUUUACACAUUUGGCUAGUUAAAAUGAAAACACCUGACUCAUAGAACAUUGCCCCUGGUUGCAGGUGCCAAAGGGACGGCCUGUGUUAUGCUAAAGCUUGGAAUUUGGCAUCACAGCCCCCUAAAACAAGGGCACAAUUAUAAUAAAAUAGUUUUAAAUAGCUAAGUAUACAUUUUAUGUCACUCCAUGAUUAGCUCCUGACUGUUUUGUUUGAGCACUCCAGUUUAUUGUGUACAAGACCCCUCUUUUUAAAAGCGCUCCCUUCUUAAUAUGAUUUUCCUCAAGUAUUAUCUCCUGUUAAUUUGCUGGUAUCUCUUUAGGGCUGUCUUGUUUGUAUAUGGUUACUGCCAAUAGAACAAACUAAAUGCUGAUAUAAUGAAUUGAAGAUUUCAAUCAAUAGAAAUGUAUUUUUGUUUGGAUCAAAGAUCAAAACUUUGAUUCUGUUCGACUUUGUUGCUUUAAUUGUAAAAUCCAUGUUCUAUAUUGUCUUAUCAAUAUUACCAAAUAUCGGCUAUAUUUAAGAAUGACUUAUGUGCUGACAUCAAACAGAUUUCUGUUUAUGCUAUGAUGUACCACAUAAGUCCUUAAUGGAUAGUUCAGAAGUUUUAGUACUGUUCUGAGUUCAAUUUAAAGGAUUGUUGCAGUUUAUUAUAAUUUUCUAAACAUUAGUUAUUAGCGGCACACUACAAAAUAAUUCUAUUUUCAGAUAUUAAAGGAAAGGGCAAACAACUGUUUUGAAUAAAUAAUAAAAUCACA